AAUUACCCCCUCCUUACUAAAAUCUGACAACGUGGAACAAGAGCAAGAAAAGUUACUAAUAUUUGAGAAAAAGUUGGAAGUCUGCCAAGAGUUCAAAGUAUAUGUGAUACUGAGUUUCACGUGGUUUUAUUAUGCACUACAUAGGCCUACAGUAGAUAAAAUUCGCUAGCGGUCGUAGGGUGUAUUUCUGUCAACGUUUACACUUGAUGGAAGACAGAACUCCCAUAUAUCAAGAACAGCGACUGUGAUUAUUCGUUUUCUCAACUACUAGGCUUGAAGGUGUUGUGGCCAACAAUGAUUAAGAACCUGAGUUUGAGAUCGGUAGGACGUAUGUUCUACUUAGUAGACCCACGUAAGGAAAUCUUUCAAACAAUCGACGAUGUUCCAGACUAUGUAACUGAGGUUAUGCCAUUAUUUUUCGUCAUCAUUAUGAUUGAGCUGAUGAUAACCGUAUGGAAAAAUAAAGAUUACGUUAACAUAAGUGACUCACUUGGUUCUGUUUCACAAGGCAUUUUAUCAGAGUGUUCAAGGCUGUUAUUACGAGGUGUUCCACUUGCAGCAUAUAUUUGGGUCUACAACAACUGGCGGCUUGUGACACUUCCGUGGGAGUCUGUUUGGACAUGGUUGCUAUGUUUUGUCGGUGUUGACCUUGGGUACUACUGGCUUCAUAGAGCAAGUCAUGAACUGAACAUCCUAUGGGCAGCUCACCAAGUUCAUCAUAGUUCUGAGUAUUACAAUCUGAGCACAGCUUUACGUCAGUCUGUGUUACAAAGUUAUUCAACUUGGAUGUUUUAUUUACCGCUAGCUUUGGGUAUUCCUCCAUCUAUCUUUUUGGUUCAUCAGCAGUUUAAUCUUCUCUACCAGUUCUGGAUUCAUACACAGGUUAUAAAGACAUUGGGACCACUAGAGUACAUCAUCAACACACCUAGUCAUCAUCGAGUACAUCAUGGUCGCAACAGGUACUGUAUUGAUAAGAAUUAUGCUGGAACACUGAUCAUCUGGGACAGGCUGUUCGGUACAUUUGAACAAGAAAGUGAAGAAGUUGUCUAUGGUGUUACCCAUCCCUUAACGACAUUUGAUCCUACCUAUGUGCAGUUGUGCCACUACAUCCACAUCUUCAAGACUUUCUUAGAAGUGAAAGGACUUCAAAACAAACUAUCAGUAUUAUUUAAAGGCCCUGGCUGGGCUCCAGGUAAACCUCGACUUGGAUCUAUAGAAGAUAUUCCAGAUGUACAUGCACCACAAGAAAAGUACAGUCCACGACUUCCAUUAUGGUGUAUGCUGUAUGUCCUAGUGCAUUUCACCCUGGUGACUGUAGCCUUUGUUGAUUUGGCUAAUAGGCAUACUAGCAUGAAUCAAGUAACAAUACUUUGUGGUAUCAUGUACUGUAUGCUGUCUUUGACAUGCUUUGGAGCCAUCAUGGAUAAGAAGUUUUGGGCACCACUGGUAGAAGUGAUUCGCUGUAUACUCUACUUCACUGUGGACUUCUUUUUAUCAUCAACAGGAAGUUCCUGUCACAUACUAAUUAUGGCCUUAAGAAUAACAUUUCUUUUUUCUGCUCUUCUUUGGAGUUUUCAUCUUGUCCAAGUUUUUUCAGUCAAGAUUCACAAGAAAACAGAAUGAGCUGAAAGUUUUCUGUUUUACCAAAUAUCGUAAAGAAACUAAUUCAAAACUGUGUGUCCUACAAUGUAUUUUAAAAUUUGUAAGGUCAUUACACAUCACGUAUGUUCUGAUCAACUAGUUUAUCAGAUGCAUAACUUUUUAACACAUCUUAGAUAAUCAAAAUUGUAUCCUUUUUGAAAAUCUUGUACAGAUUUCACUUAAUGAAAGAAUAGCUUACAGUGUUUUAAGAUGUGUUACAAGUUACUUUCAAGGAAUAUGUUUGGGAUCUAGUUUCCAAGUUUAUGUUAUGCAGAAAAAAUGUGUAAUGUUAGAUAAUAGCCCCUGGGUAAUAAUAAGGUAGUUAAUCAGCAUGACAUUUAUAUAAAUAGUUGUGUUAUGAAUAAUUAGUCAUUCUACUUUUUGUUAUUAAAACUAGUUAGAUUAAUUUCUAAAUUUGUUCUAUUUAGUUGCUCAGAUAUUCGUAUAUAUAUAUAUAUAUAUGUGUGUGUGUGUGUGUGUGUGUGUCUGUUUGUGUAUAUAUAAACCAUGUAGGAGAAUAAUCAUGUAUUCAAAUGAUUACAUGUAAAAUUAUUAUUAUUUCUGAAACUUUUGUUUUACAUUUAUUUUACAAAUGGACGAAGCUUACAUAAUUUUGUUCAUAAACUUUUAAUUCAAAAAUUGUUUUUUAUGAAAUAUAUUGUGUACAGUUGUUUGUUGAAAGUAGUUUGAAUUAGAAAAAAAAUAUCUUGCAAAGCAGAACUACCUAGGUAACCUUUCAUCUUUUUUGUUUUUUAUUCAAGACAAACAAAUAUUAAUAACUAUUGAUUGUUAAUUUGAACUUUAAAAUUUGUCGUUUAAUAGUACUUUAUACUAAAGGAAACAUUUUUCUAUUUUUCAUUAUCCUUGGUUUUUAAUAUGUGCUGUAAUCCAUAUACAGAUAGUCCAAUGUUUUAUAUUUCAUAACAUUAAGAAAUAUCGUUCUUAAUGCAUCCAAACUAGUUUUUCCAAUAUCAAGACUUCUGACAGCUUGUUCAGGUUACUGUGUUUUUGUUUUGUUCUCUAAACCUGUGAUCAUUUGUAAGGAAGUUAUUUUUUUACUUCACUAUGGUAAAACAUUUGAAAGUUAUGUGUUAAGUUUAUAGAACUAAAGCUUAUUUCUCCUUUCAAGAAUUUCUGAAAGAAGUAUGAGCAAUGGUUUUCAUGCCUUUUAAAACUUAAAGGGUUAAUUCUGUGUAAAAAUUGAAUUGAAUUCUUCCUACUCGUUUUUUGUUGUUGUUGUUUUCGUAUUUCAUAUUCAAAUAUAACAUACUUAUAUACUGAACGUCUCAGUGGGGGUGGGCCAGAGAAUUUUCAAAAUUCCUCUACACCGGAAAGUAAACCAUCCUAAAUUUCUCUCCUCAGGUGACCCAUCCUUGUGUCUAGUGUACAAAAAAGUUUAUUAACAUGGAGAGUAAUGUUGUGUUAAUAGUUUAUAUCAUGAGACAUUGUCUCCUUUUACCGUGCACAGAAGAAUGGCCAACCCGUAAUUUGUGUGCGCGGAAAUCUUAACCCCACACAAUUCCUCCGCCCACCCCUCCCUAAUAUAAUAAUGACCGGUCCCUUAUAAUAACUUGAUUAGAAAAUUCAUCUUUUACCGAUACGUCGUUUGGUUACACUCAAGUAAAAUAUAUUUUAGGUGUGUUAUUUCAUUCAGAAAAAUUAUAUUUUGGAUGUCAGAAACUACAAUAAUAACCUAAUAAUAGGAUUAUUAUGAGUAAUUUCAAUGACGUGUAUGCAUUUUUAAUGAAUUCUAUGAUUCAUGAUAGGUGUGCGUUAUGUUCGAACCACAAUUAACUUCAUCAACUUACAUUUAAUUCUUAUAUUCUCAAACUAGUUUUCAAAACAAAAAAACAGUUAGAACUCUUAAAAACUUUUGAAGAUAGUUUUUAUAAUUACGUAGUUUUAUGUUGGUACAUGGUUUGAUAAAAGAAAUUAGGGAGGCAAAACCGUGGUUGGAGGUAAGGCAUAGAUUGGACAAUUAAGAUAAAGUUUAGCGAACAAAUUAAAAAAAAAAAAUCCUUAUUUAUACUACUUUUAUCUUUCAUGGACCAUUCCAGUACUUACUCCACAGCUAUUGGAAUAAUUGACGUUAUACAUAUACAUAAAAUGAAGCCCCAUUUAACAUUCUAUUCACCACUUGUCACUGAGUUAUAUUGGUCUUUUGAAAUGUCAACACUCGCCAGUAAUCCUGGGCAUGAGCAAACCACAACAAAGGUGAGUGAUGUGGGGUGGAAUUCUACAAAACUGGUGUAACUCAGUAGAAAGGAAUAAACUAAAUGUUGGACUGGGCUUCAUGUUCAUUUUUGCUUCUUAAAUAGCUUGGCUGUUGAAUAUUUCAUGGUAGUUUAAUAGUAACAUAAAUUAUACACGGUUUUCAAAUCCUAAUAAAUAUUGGUUCAUUGUGCUGAGUAAAAAAGAAUUAAAAACACCAUUAUGUAUAUACAUAUUU